AUGAACACCACUAAUUUCCUAGAAACAAACAUUCCUCAUAUAGAAAACCCUAAUUUCACCUCUCCCUUUCUUUACUCACACAUGACUAAUCAAGAUUAUACUUACAAUUUUCAAGAUACUUUUCUUGAUCAAGAUUUUGAAUUUUCUUCCUUUCUUGAUCAUGUUCUUGUAGAUUAUGUUCCUAUCUAUAACAACUCCAAUAGCACUCCUCUUUUAGAUAUUAAUCCCACCAUGCAUGAAAUAAGUAGUAGUAGUACCAAUAGUGCAAGUUCUACCACUUCCUUUUAUGCCACACCACCAAAUAUCAAUCACUUGAAAGAAAAAUCCAAAGUGGGAAUUAUAAAGAAGAAUGAAAGACAUGUUAUUGCUUUUAGAACAAAGACUCAACUUGAGAUUUUGGAUGAUGGAUAUAAAUGGAGGAAGUAUGGCAAGAAGAAGGUGAAAAGUAACACAAAUUAUUUGAGAAAUUACUACAAGUGUAAGAUUCAAGAAUGCGAGGUAAAGAAGAGAGUAGAAAGAGAUGGACAUGAUUCAAGCUAUUUGAUUACAACAUAUGAAGGUAAACACAAUCAUGAAAUUAACUCCUCCAUCAUUUACAAUCACGUAGAGACAGAUUCAGAAUUUGAAUUAAAUGUUCAUCGAGGAGGGAAGAGUGUAGAAAGAGACGGACAUGAUUUAAGCUAUUUGAUUACAACAUAUGAAGGUUAACACAAUCAUGAAAUCAACUCGUCUAUCAUUCACAAUCAUAGAGAGGCAGAUUCAGAAUUUGAAUUGAAUUUUCAUCGAGAAGGUUAGAAAGUAGAAAGUGAUCAUGUAAAUGACUCAAGCUAUGUGAUUACAACAUAUGAAGACAAACACAACAAAGUUGUUCCUCUAUCAUAUACAGCCAUGAAAUGCCAUUGAAUUUCUUCAGUGAAUGGACUCUGAAAACAACUUCAUAAUUUCCAUAAGAAGC